GCCGCCGUGCGCACCACUCAACUCACGAGUCACUAGUCUCCCACCCGGCUCGCUCCCCUCACCACCCCACCGCCGCCAGUGGAGGCGCCCGCCCCAGCGCCGCGCCGCCGACCUGACCUGCGCGUUCGGCCAAACCCCACCGCCCCGAGCGCGCCCGCGAAGGGAAAGCCGCUACAAAUCUCGCGCGUUCCCAAGGGCGCCCGCUCGCUCCAGCGCAUUCCCGUGCCGUCGACGACGCGCGCGGCGGCGGUAGCGCUUAGCUAGAGCCCGCAGCCCCCAACCCGGAGGGAGCGAGAGGCCGCCCGCCACAUGGGGGACGAGUCGGAGGGCGAGGCGGAGGAGUACCUCUUCAAGGUGGUGAUCAUCGGGGACAGCGCGGUGGGGAAGAGCAACCUGCUCUCGCGCUACGCGCGCAACGAGUUCCACCUCCACUCCAAGGCCACCAUCGGGGUCGAGUUCCAGACGCAGAGCAUGGACAUCGACGGCAAGGAGGUCAAGGCCCAGAUCUGGGACACCGCGGGGCAGGAACGCUUCCGCGCCGUCACCUCCGCCUACUACCGGGGCGCGUUCGGCGCGCUCCUCGUCUACGACAUCUCGCGACGCUCCACCUUCGACAACGUCGGCCGCUGGCUCCAGGAGCUCAACACGCAUUCUGACACUACUGUUGCCAAGAUGCUGGUCGGCAACAAAUGCGAUCUGGAUAACAUCCGCGAAGUGCCCGUCGAGGAAGGCAAGGCGCUCGCAGAAGCCGAAGGCCUGUUCUUCAUGGAGACCUCGGCUCUGGACGCCACCAACGUGAAGACAGCCUUCGAGAUCGUCAUCAAGGAGAUCUACAGCAACGUGAGCCGGAAGAUCCUGAACUCGGAUUCUUACAAGGCCGAGCUCUCCCUGAACAGGGUGAGCAUCGACGGCGACUCGAAGGACGAUCAGAAGCAGACGCAGACGAGCCGGUUCGGGUGCUGCUAGGUGGAGUUAGAAGAGUACAUUGUUGGGAUAUUGGGUUGGGUUUCACUGAGAUAUGAUAUGAUAUGAGUUUUUUUUUGGUUUAUUGAUAUUGCUUGUAAACUGCAAUCGACUGUUGGAUUGUUCUUGUUACACCUGAGUGGGGGUGGGAAUAGCAGCUGUUACUGGGGCGCGAACUGCUUCGCACUGUUUACUGGAAGGGUCGUGCAGGUCGAUUUGCCGGGUUUUGUAAAGAGAUUCUCGGAGAAGGAUUUUGGAGCUCCAUCCUUCGCUGUCUUUUUAUUUGAAAUUUUCUUGGCUCUGUUUUGCCCA